AUGAAAAGAUCGAGAUUUAAUUUCUAAAGUGCUGCUGAGAGAGGUUUGGCUAAGGAUGACAAGUUUGUUCCAAAAUAAAUAAAUUAGAAUGAACCUGAUAUAUUCUUUCCUCCUUUUAUUCUCCCUCAUCAGUAUAAUGCAUUAAAUCUUUCAGUGCAUUUAUCCAGAAAAUAUAAUGGUGAAAGUUGUCCAGAACAAUAAGCGAAAGUGUUGAAUGAAUCUUAGAUGACGAAAUUUAUCUAACCACAAAAAGAAAGUAAAAUAUCAGCAGUUCAAGAUAUAUAACUAAAUACUCAAUAAUCUAUUCAAUUUUAAGAGCUUAGUGAUGAAAAUCUAGGAUUUUAUCACAAUUUCCUUUAUGAAUAGUCCACUGAAUAAAAUCUUGAAAAAAGAUUUUGCACAAACUAAAGCUAUUUUUCAUAGAAUUAAUUUUACCUGAAUCAUUCUCCAAAAAAGCGGCAAUCUUCUUUUCAAAUAAAUUAAAAUUUAAAAACUUUAGAUUAUACAACUGAAAAGGAAGAUCCAUAUGAUGUGGAAGAACAUAUGUCAUUCAUACUGAAAAAUAAUAAUUCAGUAUAAAAAGUAUUCAAAAAAGAUGAGGACGAUGCAUCCUAAGAUAAAAAAUAAUAAAUCUUUUAGACCUUUUAGAAUACUUAAAACUAAGUUCAGUUGUAAAUCAAAACAAAUAAAUUUAAAACCUAUUUUUUGGUUGUUCGGGCUGUAUUUAGAAUGAUGAUAUUAGUGAGACCAAAGAAAAAAUUAUGGCUAUAGAGUUAGUAGCUAUAUUUUCAACUAAGCAAAAUUUUUAAAUUUAAGGAUAAAUAGGUCUAGAGUAAAAUAAAGCAAUGGACUCAGAUAUCCUUGACUAAAGUUCUUUCUGUAUUAAAAUUUUAAACACUUAAAUAAUGGAAUUUUAUUGUAAUAUUUCUAUUAAGAAUAUAGGAAAGCAAUCUCGAAGAUUUCUAUAAAGACUUAGCUAUAACUAACUUUUUAAAUUUAUGCUCUCAUCUUAUUUCCAACCUUGAAAUCACAACACAGUCUCAAACUUUUUUACCGGAGCUUGGAUAUUAAUCUUAUUUAGAAUAAUUUGUAGAAUAUAGACAAUCAUAUAACAUAUUUGUAACUAAAAGAACUAACUACCUAUAAAACAAAUACUCUAAAAUAACACCUAAAGAAAAGGCGAUGAUAGCUACAGAGUGUGUACUUAUGAAUAAUUUUAUCCCAAAUUUAGUCCUGCUUACUGAAAACAAAAAAAUUUUCAAUUCAGAUGAUUAAAAUAUCUAAUUUUUGAUCAGAGGUUUUAUUAGUAUUCUCCAAUAAUUAUUUAUAACUACAUUUUCUGACAUUCCAGAAGUUAAAAAACCUAAUACUUAAUUUUAAUAUUAGUAAAUGCAAAUAGGAAAAAAUAAGUUUGGAAUGAUUUUAGUUCCGAUUCAAACUGAUAUAGAAGAGUUUUUUAAAGGAACUUUUAAAAGCGACUAAUUAAGAUUGGUAUUAGAAAGGCGAAGUUGGUACUCUAAUCUAACAAAAAAAUUUAAAAAAGUAGUUUAAAAUAUAUACUAGCAUAAAAUAAACGAUAUAUGA